UCCCUCUAGGUGACGGAAUCCGCUGGGAUUGAUAAAGUAGGCCGUGAGUGUGAGAAAACGAAACUGCGCGGAGAAGGUGCGCACACUGGAGGCAGUAACUCUGCAGCAGCCUAUCCUCCGAGUUUCUGGCCCUCCCCCAGCCGGCCACUAGUUGCAGUUUCGAUUUUUCAUCGAGUCCUAAGGUUUCCCGGCUGCUCCGCCCUUCAGCGCUGGAUCGUUUUCUCGGAAAAUCCCACCAAGCUCGCCGCGCUCAGCGCUCUCGCUCCUCCUCCCUCCCGGCUUUAAGAAGGGUCGCGCGCAGGGCGAGGCAGGACCUCGCCGGGGAUCCAGGACGCAGGCAUGACGGCCGAGGAGCGGCGGAAUCUGCACGCCGUGGGGGACUACGUUAGAAAAAUUCUGGACCCCACGUACGUCCUGAGCUUCAUGGCCCCCUGGUUUAAGGAAGAGGACAUGCAGUUUGUUCAGGCUGAGAAAAACAACAAGGGCACCACGGAGGCUGCUUCACUUUUUCUCAAGCUCCUGCUGGAGCUCAAGGAGGAAGGCUGGUUCCGCGGCUUUUUGGAUGCCCUCAACCAAGCGGGUUAUACUGGACUGUAUGAAGCCUUUGAAAGUUGGGACUUCCAAAAACUUGAAAAUUUGGAGGAGCAUAGAUUGCUUUUAAGACGUUUACAACCAGAAUUUAAAACCAGAAUUAAUCCAACAGAUAUCCUUCCUGAAAUAUCCCAAUGUUUAAUUAAUCAGGAAUGUGAAGAAAUUAAACAGGUUUGUUCCAACAAGGGGAUGAUGGCUGGUGCAGAGAAAAUGAUUGAAUGCCUUCUCAGAUCAGACAAGGAGAACUGGCCCAAAACUUUGAAACUUGCUUUGGAGAAAGAAGAAUGCCCAUUCAGUGAACUGUGGACUGUAGGGAAAGGUGAAGAUGAUGUUGAAGUUAAAGAUCCUGAGAUGGAUGAAAUGGAAACUUCCAAUGUACUUUUCUACCAGGAAGAACCAGAAUACCAGAAUCUUAGUCAGAAUUCAUGUCCGCCUUCAGAAGUAUCUCACACUAACUUGGGCAGCGCCUUGAAGCUAAGAAAUUACCAACUAGAGCUCGCUUUGCCUGCUAAGGAAGGAAAAAAUACAAUAAUAUGUGCUCCUACUGGUUGUGGAAAAACCUUUGUUGCACUUCUUAUAUGUGAACAUCAUCUUAAAAAAUUUCCACAAGGACAAAAAGGGAAGGUUGUGUUUUUUGCUAUUCAACUGCCAGUGUAUGAACAGCAGAAAUCGGUGUUCUCAAAACAUUUUGAAAGACUUGGAUACAAAGUUGCAGCCAUUUCUGGAGCUACAGCUGAAAAGGUCCCAGUGAAAGCGAUUGUUGAAAACAAUGAUAUCAUCAUUUUAACUCCACAGAUUCUUGUGAACAACCUUAAAAAUGGGAUUAUUCCAUCACUCUCUGUCUUCACUUUGAUGAUAUUUGAUGAAUGCCACAACACCAGUAAAAACCACCCAUACAAUAUGAUCAUGUUCAAUUAUUUAGAUCAGAAACUAGGAGGAUCUUCAGGCCCAUUGCCCCAGAUCGUCGGGCUGACUGCCUCGGUUGGUAUUGGGGAUGCCAAUGACAAAUGUGCAGCCGUGGAAUAUAUCUGCAAACUGUGUGCUUCUCUUGACAUAUCAGUGAUAGCAACAGUCAAAGACAACUUGGAGGAACUGGAGCAAAUUGUUUAUAAGCCCCAGAAAUUUUUCAGGAAAGUGGAAGAACGAACUAACAACAAAUUUAAAUGCAUCAUAUCUCAGCUGAUGAAGGAGACAGAGAAUCUGGCAGAGAGCAUCAUUGAAGAACUCGGCACUGUAACUCUCGAAAACUUAUCUCAAAUUCAAAAUAGGGAAUUUGGAACACAGAGAUAUGAACAAUGGAUUAUUGCAGUUCAGAAAGCAUGCGCAGUGUUUCACAUGCCAGACAAAGAGAAAGAAAGCAGGAUUUGUAAAGCACUGUUUUUGUACACCUCACAUCUCCGGAAAUAUAAUGAUGCCCUUAUUAUCAGUGAACAUGCACGAAUCAAAGAUGGUCUGGAUCACUUGAAAACCUUCUUCAGUAAUGUCCGAGCAGCAGGAUUUGAUGAAACAGAGCAAGAUCUCACUCGGAGAUUUGAAGAAAAGCUGCAGGAACUAGAAUGUAUUUCUAUGGAUCCCAAAAAUGAGAACCCUAAACUCAGUGAUCUUGCCUUCAUCUUGCAAGAGGAGUACCACUUAAACCCAGAGACAAGAACCAUUCUCUUUGUGAAAACCAGAGCACUUGCGGAUGCUUUGAAGAAAUGGAUUGAAGAAAAUUGUAAACUCAGCUCUCUGAAACCUGGCAUAUUGACUGGACAUGGCAAAACAAGUCAGAAAAUAGGUAUGACCCUCCCAGCACAGAAGAGUGUAUUGGACACAUUCAGAACCAAUGGAGAUAACAAGAUUCUGAUUGCCACCUCGGUUGCUGAUGAAGGCAUCGACAUUGCUCAGUGCAACCUGGUCAUCCUGUAUGAGUAUGUGGGCAAUGUCAUCAAAAUGAUCCAAACCAGAGGCAGGGGAAGAGCAAAAGGCAGCAAGUGCUUCCUUCUGACCAGUAAUGCUGAUGUAAUCGCCAAAGAAGAGAUAAACAUGUACAAAGAAAAGUUGAUGAAUGACUCCAUUUUAAGUCUCCAGGAAUGGGAUGAAGCAGUAUUUCAGGAAAAGAUUCGCCAUAUACAGAUUGAAGAAAAACUCAUGAGAGAUAGACAAGAAAAAGCAGAACCGGUACCAAAUAAGGAAAAUAAAAAACUUCUCUGCAGAAAGUGUAAAGCCUUUGCUUGUUACACAGCUGAUAUAAGAGUGAUAGAGGACUCUCAUUACACUGUGGUUGGUGCUGCUUUUAAAGAGAGCUUUAAGAGAAAGCCACACCCCAACCCAAAGAGCUAUGGAAGUUUUGAGAAGAGAGAAAAAAUAUUCUGUGCCAGACAGGAUUGCCAGCAUGACUGGGGAAUCCAUGUAAGGUAUAAGACAUUUGAGAUUCCAAUAAUAAAAAUAGAAGGUUUUGUGGUGGAGGAUGUUACAACUGGACAUCAGAUGCUGUAUCCCAGGUGGAAGGACUUUCAUCCUGAGAAAAUAGCAUUUAAUGCUGCAGAAAUGUUCACAUGAUCUCAAAACCCCAAUCUUCAGCUGCAGGGAGUGGAUGACCUUGGGUGAAGAAAUUAGCCCCACUGGGUGCAAUCAUGAUCACUUGUACCAUGCUGAGGAUACUUUGCUUACAGCUUUUACUAUAUUAUUUACCACUUAACUUUGCUUUCUUGUUAAUGUUUUCAACAGUUUGCAGUAUAUCACAUAUGCAGAGCAUGAGUGAAUAAACCAUGGCGCUGAGCACUUUGUAGGCCAUCAGCGGAGCUCAUAGCACCUGGGGAAAAUUUAAAAGCCUUGUCUCUGUUUCUAUCCUUCCAUUCAGAGCCAGCUGCCAGUGUACACACAGUAGCUCAAUAUACAAUGGGAUACAUGAAUCAAUGAAAUGAAUAUUGAAAGGUUUUCUACUCUCCUUCUUUCCUUAACCUAGAGUAAAAUGGCUUUUGCCCUUAUCCAUCUAUUGAAAUUCUUGCCAAGAUCAUUGGUGUCUCUGAUUGCAAAAAUCCAUUGGGCACUACUUCAUCCUUCUAAUUUGACAAACUCUGCUGUUUUGGGCACUGUUGAGCUCUCCUUUUUUGAAACUCCUCCCUUGUCAUCCAUGACCGCUGCCUUAUACUAGCUCUGUAUUUUUUUGUCAGCACCAGAAAUUUUAUUUUUAUUUGUGAAAAAUAUACAAUAGUGUGGGCUUUUUUUUUUUUUUUUAAUUUAAACUUCCUCAGACUUACAGAAUAGUUGCACAUUCAAUACAAAGAACUAUUUUUUUUUUUUUUUAACUAUUUGAGGAUAUAUUGCUACCAUGACUCCGUUUCACUCCGUAAUGUGCCCUUAAACAAAGGCAUUUUCAUAUUCACUAGUCAGGAAAUUAACAUGGUUACAUUACUACCAUCUAAUCCUCAACUCCAUUCAAAUUUCCCCACUUGUCCCAGUAAAGUCCCUUAUAGCAAAGAAUCCAUCCAGAAUCAUGCAUUUUAUUUAGUUGUCAUGUCUCUGUAGUCUUCUUCAAUUUGGAACAAUUCCUCAGCAUUUUCUUGACUUUUACAAUGUUGAUACUUUUGAAAAUUGCAAGGCAAUUAUUUGUAGAAUAACCCUCAGUUUUGGUUUGUUUGAUAUUUCCUCAUUAAAUUCAGGUUAUGCAUCUUUGGUGGGAAUACAUAGAAGCAAUGCUGGAUCCUUUUUGCCUCCUAUCAGGUGACACAUAAUUUUGUUGCAUUACCAAUAACAUUCAUUUUAAUCACUUGAUUAAGUUGUGUUGACCAGGCCUUUCCACUGUAGUUACUCAUUUUCCCUUUGUAAUUAUUAUUUCACGGAUCCCAGUCUUUUGGAAUGGUUCCUCUUUGAUGAUCCCUUAAGUUCUGUUAAUUUCAAAAGUUCUGUGUACACACACACACACACACACACACACACACACAUACACACAAAAUAGUUACAUUUACUCUAUGUAUAGUAGAUAUAGUAAAUAUAUGUCUAUGUAGUGGUGUUUGGGAUGCUAAUCUUGAAGCUCAAUAGUGGACAGCUUUUAGGUAUAGGGGACAUAUAAAUGAUACAUUACUUUCUGGGAAGUUUGUUUAUUUCUUUUUGUUUAUCAUACAUCUUGUCCUAUUAAUUGGUUGUCCUAACUUUUUGCCAUGAUCAUCUCAAGCUGUUUCCCAACAAGGGUGAUGUAACACCCGGACUGUGUGUUCUCAGGUAGGUUCCUUGGAUGAUUCUGAAAAGACAGUUUAAUUUGGCCAUACUUUCUAUUUGAAAAAUUAGAAUACAUGUCUGUCAUUUUUGUAUCAUUGAGCAUGCUUUGCUGAUGCAUCAGAGAGCUUAGUUUGGGGUUUUCCGUGGAGACAACUGCCUAAGUUCUAUUUCCACCUAGGCUAGGGUAUUUUGUGUUUGUUUCUGGAUAGGCUCUAGAGUAAUUUAAGCACCUUCCUGAAACAGAUUCAGAUUAGCUGUGGUACCAGGACAUCAGCGGCUUAAACAAACCUCCAAACGUCUGAAAAUGUUAAUAGUCCAAAGAUUGGGGGAGAGAUUGCCUUUGGUAGUUUCUGAGGAAAGCAGACAGCUAUGAAGAAACCUGCUUAACAUUAACACAUAUGACACAUGACACUUUUUAAGUAGCACCUAUUUACAUCUGAAGAAGUUUGGGAAGAUCCUUUCCUCUUAAGAGGUUCCAGUUCCCAUAAGACCACCCAAGGAGCAGCCACCCACCCAGACUACACAGAUCAACCCUGGAGAUCAGUGGGGUGACAUGCUAUAGCCGUCUUACUCUUCUUUUGAUCUGAUGAGAACCAGUGCUAGCAGGGAGCCAGAGAAAUUUGCAAGUGACCAAAGUUUUCUUCAUUUGGAAAACAGGAAUACCUAAAUGUAAGGGUUAGUGGGGGAUUUAAUGAAUAAUGUAUUUAAAAUACAUGAUAUAUAGUAGUUGCUUAAUAAUGGUUACUAUUAGUAUUCUUAGUAAGGGACAAUAAAAAUGUGCUAAGUCAACUUGUUGAGAGCUGAAUUUUUUUCUUUUUCCAUUUAGAUUUUAUUACAGAUUUCAUUAAUUUUUAUGUGAUUGCUUUUUUUUUUGAUACUGUUUAAGAAUUCCAUUAGAAUAUGUAAAAUGUUUACUGGUAAUCUAUUUGAGAAAAGAAAUGUUCUUUUAGACACCUAAAUGAAGGCAAAUAGCCCUCUUUUCUUCAGCCAGCAGAAGAAGGCAGACUAGAGCUAGAACAACAAUAACUUGGAAUUUCCUGGCUUACCUUUUGCAUGGGGUCAAGUCCUUGCUGGGCCCAGAGCCUGAAACAAAGUAGGUGUUGAAUGAAAGAAGCAGGUAGGCAGGGUUUUAAGAAGGACAAAUUCUUGAUGGUUGCCCAGAUCUGGUCAUUGGACUUCUAGAUCAAAGGUGGAAUAUCAGAACCAUCUCGGGAUUCUUUUUUGUGGGCACAUGCCCAGCCCAAUUAGAAUAUCCUAGUUGGUGUACAGCAAUGUGUAUUUUUUGAGGUUCCUCUAGUGGUUCAGAUACACUCCCAGUUAUACAACUCCAGGACCUUGUUUUGUUAUGGUCCCUGCCAGUGCUGACAUUGUGUUUUCACUCUUAAAUGAAAAUUUGCCUUCAAUCAAAAGCCUAAUUGUACAAUGAGGUUAGUAAACUUAGAUUCUCAGCCUUAAAUCAUGAAUUUUAAAAAAAAACAAGCCAUCAGGUCAGCGUUUCCUCAUGUGUGCUGUGAGGUCUCUGAGGAAAGUGUUUGGGGUCAGGUAGGUAUGGGAAGCACUUCCUACCAUAUGCUGCCAACCCUGCCCCUCAAAUGAGUGAUUUAUAGCACACAUCAGCAUUGCUGAAGUUCUGAGGUAACAGAACUCGGUUAACCCAUGCUGACCUUGGAACCUUUCAUUCACAGCAUAAUGUGCUAUAAAAGUACUGUAGCAGGUACCCAGCCUGACUCGACAACCAGAAUCAUACUGGAGUAUUAAUUUCAGGAUCAUGCCAGUAACUGUUUCAUUAUACUGUAUAAUAAAAUUACUAAUUUUAUGCAAGAAA